AUGGUACCCUCCGAGCCACUAGACUGCGUGGAUUUACCCACUGGGCCACUGAAGCCUGCCAACGCUGACGACGCAUGUUCGCGAGGCAAGUGCUCUGCGUUGAAAACGGGACCAAAAUUAACCACAAUCUAUUUUGCUUCCACUCCACCAGGGCCUCCCCUUCCACCAGAAUUACAUGCAAUUAUAAUCGACUACGUAGCUACGUACGAGGAUGAACCCAAUUGGUUGGCCGUCAAGCCUAUGAUUCGGGAUACUCUGCGCGCUCUCUGUAUGGUCAAUAAAUACUUUGAGUCCCUCGCCGUCCGAUACCUCUACUCACGGGUGCACAUCACUACCCAAUCCCAACUCGCUGCCUUCCGCAAAGCAAUUGCCUAUUUCGGUCGACCAACCGCUUUGGCUAGAUACUUUUCGGACGAUUUACUUGCCGUCUUGCACGCUCUGCAUCUAAAUCUCGAACGCUUAUUACUGGAUGUGCGUCGACGCCAACACUUCCGCCCGACGCGUUCUCCAAACGGUCAAGACACGGGGCCGGUGAUCUUAUGCGGGGGAACUUCGAAGCUCGUCACCCCUACUUCCAUCUUCAACAUGCCAUGGCCCAAAUUAAUCGAAGUGUCUAUAUCCGAGGGUCUGGAUCAAUACGUGCGCUUGUCCCACCUUCCUCAAGCUUUCGACAAUGUCAAGCGUCUAGCCCUGGGGUACACCAUGCUCACAGAACACACGAUACGGACACUGAAAAAUCUACCAUGGCUGGAGGAAUUGGUGUUGGUCAACUCGUCUAUCCGAUGGUCAGAUUUUAAACAGGCUCUACCGCCCGACCCCAUAAUUACAUUACUGAACGACUCUCCUAAUCUUCGCCGUUUCGUGUGGAUGAUGACCCCUAGACCUCGGUGGGACAUGGAGAAUUCAUGGGACGACCAGACUACGUUCGACGACGCCGAGCAUCUAAGCAAUGUCCCAGACGUUGAGGUGUUUUACUGGCCAGAAAUACAGUCUGAUGAGGAAACUCUACAAGAAGGACUGGCAGGCCCCCGCUUCUUGGGAGAGAGUGCCAAGUACGGGACGUUGUGGGAGCAGAUUGAUUAG